AUGUGGUCACUGUGGCUCUGUUUGGUACUGUGGGGGCUGUCCCUUGUCAGUCCCUCUGUGGGCCUGACCGAGCAGCACAUCCGGAACAGCCUGUUGCAGCAGCUACAUCUCAGCGAGGUGCCCGUGCUGGACAAGGCCACCAUGGAGGGGCUGCUCAUCCCUGCCCACGUGAGGGCCCAGUACGUGACUCUGCUGCAGCGCAGCCACAGGGUCCCCUCCCGAGGGAAGAGGUUCAGCCAGAAAUUCCGAGAGAUGGCCGGCAGGCUCCUGGCGUCAGAGACCUCCAAACAUCUGCUGGUGUUCAGCAUGGAGCAGCGGCUGCCGCCGGACAGCGAACUGGUGCAGGCCGUGCUGCGGCUCUUCCAGGAGCCUGUCCCCAAGGCCGCACUACACAGGCAGGAGCGGCUCUUCCCGCACAGCGCCCGGGCGCGGGUCUCUGUCGAGUGGCUGCGUGUGCGCGAUGACGGGACCAACCGUACAUCCCUCAUCGACUCCAGGCUGGUGUACCUCCACGAAAGUGGCUGGAAGGCGUUUGACGUGACCGAGGCGGUGAGCCUGUGGCAGCAGCUGAGCCGACCCAGGCAGCCGCUGCUGCUGCAGGUGUCGGUGCAGAAGGAACACCUGGGCCCCCUGGCCUCCGACGCCCACAAGCUGGUGCGCUUCACCUCCCAGGCUUUGGAGGGCUCGGGCCAGCGGGAGCCCCAGCUGGAGCUGCACACGCUGGACCUGAAGGCCUAUGGAGCUCAGGGUGAUUGUGAUCCGGAUGUGCCAGUGACCGAGGGCACCCGUUGCUGCCGCCAGGAGAUGUACGUCGACCUGCAGGGGAUGAAGUGGGCAGAGAACUGGGUCCUGGAGCCCCCAGGCUUCCUGGCCUACGAGUGUGUGGGCUCCUGCCGGCAACCUCAGGAGUCCCUGACCUUCCAGUGGCCAUUUCUGGGGCCGCGGCAGUGUAUCGCCUCAGAGACGGCCUCACUGCCCAUGAUCGUCAGCAUCAAGGAGGAAGGCAGGGUCAGGCCCCAGGUGGUGAGCCUGCCCAACAUGAGGGUGCAGAAGUGCAGCUGCGCCUCUGACGGGGCGCCCGUGCCCAGGGAGCUGGGGCCGUAG